AUGGCUGUGGCGGCGCGAUGCUGUUACAGCAUAACGCAGAAUGUGCCUUUUACUUUUUAUUUGGUAAUUUUUCUACUCAGUGGCCUUACAAAUGCACAAAUACGAUACACCAUUCCGGAGGAGCUGGAGAACGGGGCUGUGGUCGGCGACAUUGUUCGAGAUUUGGGGCUGGACCUGCGAAAACUCUCCUCCCGACGCAUCCGAAUCACCUCGGACAGCGCAAGGAGAUAUUUCAACAUAAAUCAUAAAAACGGCAAGCUGUCGGUGAGUGACCGCAUCGACCGGGAGACGCUGUGUGAAUUCAGCGGCACCUGUUUCCUCAACCUAGAGGUGGUGGUUGAGAACCCGCUCGAGGUGCACAACGUGGAGGUGGAGAUUCUGGAUGCGAAUGACAACUCGCCACAGUUCCCCCGGGACGAGUACCAGUUGGAGAUCUCGGAGUCCGCUGUAACGGGGUCCCGGUUCCCCAUCGAAGGCGCGCAGGAUCCAGAUGACGGCUCAAAUUCGGUUCGGCUCUACCGGCUCAGCAACAACGACCACCUCGCGCUGGACUCCAACAAGCCCGUGGCAAACAGCAAGCACAUCGAGCUCGUGCUCAAAAAACCAUUUGACCGCGAGCAUACACCGUCUCAUCAGUUCAUACUGACAGCUGUGGACGGAGGCACCCCGGCGCGCACGGGCACAGCCAAAAUCAACGUGCAUGUCCUGGAUUCCAACGACAAUGUGCCCGCGUUCGACAACUCCGUGUACAAAGUGAAACUGUUAGAGAACUCGCCCAAGGGCGCUCUGGUGAUAAAGUUAAACGCCACAGACCCGGAUGAAGGCACAAACGGGGAGGUGUUUUACUCUUUCAGCAGUUACACCCCAGAGAGGGUGAGACAAAUGUUCUCCAUGGAUACAGAUACAGGAGAGAUCAGAGUGAAGAACAACAUAGACUAUGAGGAGACUAACUCCUAUGAGAUGUACAUACAAGCUAUGGACAGGGGCACUUCUGCAGUGGCCGUCCACUGUAAAGUGGUGGUAGAGGUUUUGGAUGUGAACGACAAUAUCCCAGAGAUCGUGCUGUCAUCUCUGUCCAGCCCAGUCCGUGAGGACGCCCGGGCGGACACAGUGGUGGCCUUGAUCAGCGUUAACGACCGGGACUCCGGCCAGAACAAACAGGUGACCCUGGAGAUCCAACCUGGCCUCCCUUUUAAGAUCAAGUCCUUCCGGAACCACUACACCUUAGUCACCUCUGCCUUCCUGGACCGGGAAACCAUCUCCACCUACAACGUCACAGUAACCGCCAUUGACGGAGGGACCCCGGCCCUCUCCUCACACAUGACCAUUAAAGUUGACGUGGCGGAUGUCAAUGACAACCCUCCUCGCUUCGAACAGACGUCCUACACGGUGUACAUGACGGAGAACAACGCGCCCAGCGCCUCAAUGUGCGUGGUGAAGGCUCUGGACGCAGACGCCGGGGAGAACGCUCGCAUCACCUACACCGUCCUCAAUGACAACAACCACGGCAUCCCCGUGGCGAGCUACGUGAGCAUCAAACCCGACACGGGUGAGGCCUAUGCCCUGAGAGCCUUCGACUUUGAGAAGCUCAGAGAGUUCCACUUCCAGGUGAAAGCCCAGGAUGGUGGCGUGCCGCCCCUCAGUCGCGUGGCAACCGUCUAUGUUUACAUCAUGGACCAGAACGACCACUCCCCAAGGAUAGUCCAUCCUCCAGCCAAUGGGACGCGGACCACCGAGACGCUGAUGAAGAACGCAGAGGCGGGGGCUCUGGUGACCAAGGUGGUGGCGUGGGACGGGGACGCGGGUCAGAACGCCUGGCUGGUAUACGCCCUGGAGCAGACCACCUCCGAGCUGGACCUGUUUAAAGUCCAUGAGCACACAGGGGAGAUCCGCACCAUGCGGCGCGUCAGCGAGGACAACUCCACCUCCUUCCUGCUCACCGUGCUCGUCCGCGACCAUGGCCUCCCGCCGCUCUCCUCCACCGCCACCAUCAAUGUGCACGUCAUGGAGCUGCCGCCAAAGCUGACCCCCGACCCCAAACGUAUCAUCAGGCCUCACAGCCCACUACUGUUCUCCAACGUGACCCUCUACCUGAUUGUUGCCCUGAGCGCCACCACCUUUGUGUUCCUGGUCACCAUUGUGGUGCUGGCCAUCGUCCGCUGCCACGCCUACUGCACCCAGCCUGGCUCCUGCUCCCCCUGCUGUGUAUCCCAGAAGAGAAUCCCUGAGGGGGGCACCUCGGCCGGCGGGGGUGGAGGAUCAUUGAGUCGAGGUGGAGGGGGAGGUGGAGGAGGAGGUCAGGGUCAACCCAACAAUAAUGUUGCUCUGCGGAGAGACCUGAAGGUGGAGCCUCACUACAUCGAGGUGCGGGGGAACGGCUCCAUGACCAAAACGUACUGCUAUAAGACAUGUAUGACGGCCACAUCGGGGAGCGACACCUUCAUGUUCUAUAACACGGGCCGGCCCCACAGCGGCACCUGGGGCUCCGGGGGAUACGUUACCAGUCAGAGUGGACAGAGCCAGAUGUUUGUGCGCAGGCUCAGCAUGCCAGACGCAACCGCCAUACAG